GUCGAGUCGCAUCUAGCGAGUGAAAUUGUGAUCGCUUUAAAGCGUCGAGCUUGGUUUACAAGCCGUAUCCUGAACGUGAUUUACUUCAGUUCGUUGUUGAACUUCCCACUGUUCGUAACGUUCGUCGUUGAUCAUCGUAAAACAACAGCAACGCUUUGGACCCAACAGCACCACAGUUGUUUUUUUUUUUAGGAACAAAGAAGAAACAUUCCCGAUUAGUAUCAAAAUAUUUUACAUACCUACAUACAUACAUACAUAUAUGCCUAGUAGUAAAGCAAGAGCGCAAACAUUUUUUAAAUGGGGUUUGUGACAUUUUCAAAGUCCACGUAAACAAACAAAAAAAAAAAAAAAAACACAGAAGCGAAAUUACGUUUUUUGACAUAAUUUUCAAAUAAUUAAUCCAAUUUUAAACUUUUUGGCAUAUACGACGAGCUGCAACACUAUCACCACCAGCCCCAGCACAACCAGCGACGACAAGACAAUGGUCGAAACAGAAAUUGUGAUUACGAACUCAUCCGAGCCUGUGACAAAGGCCAGUUUGAUUGUGGUUUCGAAUCGUCUACCAUUCGUUUUGAGUCGUAAUGCAAAAACUGACGAAUUGGAACGUAAAGCCAGCGCUGGUGGACUUGUAACUGCUGUCUGUCCGGUAGUGAUUAAAGGUAAAGGCUUGUGGGUCGGCUGGCCAGGCAUACAUCUUGCUGAUGCGAAUGAGCCCAUACCUGAAUCGAAUCCAACUGAUCAAACACCUACAGCGGGCUUGAAGUCCGAUCAGGUCGUUUCCGUCAAUAUAAACCCCGCUAUUUUCGACAGCUACUACAAUGGUUGCUGCAAUAAGAUCUUCUGGCCCCUCUUUCACUCCAUGCCCGGACGCGCCACCUUCGGCGCCGAGCACUGGCACGACUAUGUAACGGUGAAUAAACACUUUGCCGCACGUACCAUUGAGGCGUUGGAGAAGUGUUUGGAACAAAACAAAGCAUUGGAUAACAAUACGCCGCCAAUUGUUUGGAUUCACGAUUAUCAUUUAAUGCUUGCCGCCAAUUGGGUACGCGAGAAAGCCGAGGAGAAACAGCUGCCAUGUCGGCUCGCAUUCUUCUUGCAUAUACCCUUCCCACCAUGGGAUAUUUUCCGUUUAUUCCCCUGGGCCGAUGAAAUUCUCCAGGGUAUGUUGGGCUGUGAUAUGGUGGGUUUCCACAUACAAGACUACUGUCUGAAUUUCGUCGAUUGUUGUCAACGCAAUUUGGGUUGUCGUGUCGAUCGCAACAAUCUGUUGGUGGAACAUGGUGGACGCACUGUGCGGGUACGUCCACUACCCAUUGGCAUUCCAUACGAUCGUUUUGUCAGCUUGGCAAAGACUGCAGGUAAAGUGCUAAAGAGCGAUAAACAGCAGGUCAUUUUGGGUGUCGAUAGGCUGGACUACACCAAAGGUUUGGUGCAUCGGUUGAUGGCAUUCGAAGCGCUGCUAGAGAAGUAUCCACAGCAUAAGGAGAAGGUCAGUCUGCUGCAGAUUUCUGUGCCUUCGCGCACAGAUGUCAAGGAGUACAGAGAGCUGAAGGAAGAGGUGGAUCAGUUGAUUGGGCGCAUUAAUGGUCGCUUCACCACAGCCAACUGGGCGCCCAUACGCUACAUUUAUGACUAUGUGGCACAGGAUGAUUUGGCUGCGUUGUAUCGCGAUGCUGCCGUAUGUCUCGUGACACCGCUGCGUGAUGGCAUGAAUUUGGUGGCCAAGGAAUUUGUGGCAUGUCAGAUCAACGAGAGUCCUGGCGUAUUAGUUAUUUCACCUUUCGCCGGUGCUGGUGAAAUGAUGCACGAAGCAUUGCUAUGCAAUCCUUAUGAGGUACACGCAGCGGCUGAGGUCAUACACCGUGCGCUCACAAUGCCCGAAGACGAACGCAUAUUGCGAAUGAGCCGAUUGCGUAGACGCGAGUCGGAAUGUGAUGUUAGCCAUUGGAUGCGUUCGUUCUUGAAAGCUAUGGGCACGCUGGACGUAGAUGAUGUGGGUACGACAAUUAUGCAGCCAGUUACGGUGGACGACUUCGAUGACUAUUUGUUAAAAUACAUCGGCUAUAAUCACAAAUUGGCAUUGCUGUUGGACUACGAUGGUACGCUUGCACCCAUUGCACCGCAUCCUGAUCUCGCCACGCUGUCACCCGAAAUUAAGAAUGUGCUAUUCAAGCUUUCUAAUCAUUCCGAUGUUUAUGUCGCCGUUAUCUCUGGACGUAACGUUGACAAUGUGAAGCGCAUGGUUGGCAUUGAGGGUAUUACCUAUGCGGGUAAUCAUGGCUUGGAAAUUCUACAUCCCGACGGCAGUAAAUUCGUGCAUCCUAUGCCUAUCGAGUACGAGGACAAAGUCAGCCACUUGCUGAAGGCGCUGCAGGAUUCGGUGUGUCGCGAUGGCGCUUGGGUAGAGAAUAAGGGAGCGUUGCUCACAUUCCAUUAUCGUGAAACACCUGUCGAACUGCGUCCGGCGAUGAUUGAGAAGGCGCGUAGCCUCAUCAUUAAGUAUGGUUUUAAAGCAACCGAAGCGCAUUGUGCGCUCGAAGCACGUCCACCCGUACAAUGGAACAAAGGACGAGCGUCAAUCUAUAUACUACGAACAUCGUUUGGCGUUGACUGGAGUGAACGAAUUAAGAUCAUUUACGUGGGCGAUGAUCUGACGGAUGAGGAUGCGAUGGUGGCGCUAAAAGGUAUGGCGCGUACAUUCCGUGUUACCUCAUCGGAUAUCGUACGCACUGCAGCCGAUCAUCGUUUGCCCUCAACCGAUUCGGUGUACACACUACUCAAAUGGGUUGAACGUCAUUUCAUGGGCCGGAAAGCACGCGCGAAUUCGCUAACCUAUCGCAAUCGGCGCGAAGAUGGCGUACGUACGCAAAUGUCAUUGGAAAUAGCAUCGAAAUCGAAAAACAAUUUGGAUGUAGAGCAUGUGUAGCAAGCGGUUUAGAGCGCUAGGGCCGGUGGCUUCAAAUCUGUUAGCUUUUAUGGGCUUGCGACAAGAAGAAGAUGUGUGCAAAGUAAUUCUCAUUCUUUUGCAGAAUAAGUUUGGUUUAGUAUGUAGUAGACAUUAUUGUUAAUUAAAUUACAGGAUAUAUGUCUAUGUGUAUGUAUAUUUUAAUGUAUUUUUAAGCUAAGAGUUUAUAUGUGAAUGCAAUUUUAAAUAAAAAAAAA